AUGGCUACAGUUUUACAGGCGGAGGAUUCAUCCUCAUCAAUAGAUUCUAAUGCUACGGUGGGGAAAGAAGAGCAUGCCACAAAUUCGGACAGCAGUUCAAUUACUGAAGCUGGCGAAAAAGAGGUGGCCAAGACCUUGCCGGAUAAAGCUGGGAGCGAGGAUUCAGAGGUUGGUGGAUCAUCAACCCAACAGGAAGAGGUGCAAGAUAUAAUUCCGGACCGAGUUUUCGUUGGAAAUCUCCCAUACUCGGUUACAGAGGACCAGGUGCGUGAAUUGACGCCAGAUUUGAAGAUUAUCUCGGUUGAAAUCCCGAAAAAGACGUUUUUCAACCGUUUUAUGAGCCAACCGGUGAUUCAAUCCAAGGGUUACGGAUUUAUUACAUACACCUCGGCAGAAGAUGCUACACGUGCAAUUGAAGAGAUUACAGGUAAGAAGAUCAGCGAGAGGGAGAUUUACGCAAAAGCUGCAAUUCCACAAUCCAGAAACAGGAAUCGGCACAAUAAUUACAAUUAUGCAAACGGCGGAAAUCGCGGGAACUUCUACUCCUUUAACGGAUAUGGCGGUGGGUACGGAAGCUUCUACAGGUACGGCUAUAUGCCGGGCGGUGCACCCGAAAUAGGAGAUUUGCGAAUUUCCUCACCGGGAGGUCCCGAAGGAAUGUACAAUAAUGUUUACUACCCGCAGGCAGCAGGAAGCUACUAUUAUCCGGGAGUUGCGCCACAGCCCACGCCACAGCUGAUGGGUAGGUUUUACGGUCCACCAGUUAUGGCAUUUGGUGCCGGAUACAGGGGGGAAUAUGCUGAAAAAGAGGCAGAGAAGCAUUCCGGAAAAGAUGAGGAUUUGCAUCGUGAAAAUUCCUUAAACGCAGACGAAGAUGCCCCGAAUGAGAGUGAUGAGGGGGCAAAAAGCGACGAAAACGAGCAAGAUGAUGCCGAAAAUGGCACGGAACAUGCGAAAAAGGAAGGUGAGCCAAGAGAAGACGUUGGAAUGCUGAAUCUCGAUAUGAAGAUGAUGCAGGUUGGAACAGGUCCUCUAGGCAUGGAAGCAAGGUACAAUCAGCCGUACAGAAGACAGCGAAAAACUAAGGAGGAGAAAAUUCGCAAACUGCAGGAAGGAACCCCUUCAAAAACGACAAUUUUUGUGGGGAACCUUGAUAGAAACGUGACAGUGAACGAUUUGAGGGAAUUCUUCAAGGAUUUAGAGCCGCAAUGGAUUCGUGUGCCCAGAAAGACGCUUCCAAAGUAUUUGUACGAGAGAUUCAAGUUACAAAACAUCCCGAUACAGAAUAAAGGAAUCGCGUUUGUGCGAUUCGCCAACGAGGAAAAGCAGAAGAAUGCGAUCGAGAAAUUGAACGGUGUUGAGUUCCGCGGGAAACCGUUGAAUGUGACGGUUGCUAUAGAUUCGGCAUCCGAUAAGAUGCAUGGGGAACGAGAAAAGAAGCAGGAGGACAGAGAUAGCAUGCCAAAAACGGAUAAAGAUGAGCAAGAAACAAAGAAGGAGGAGGAUUGA